AUGCUGCUGCUGCGGCUGUUGCUGCUGCUGGGCGGUUUGCUGCAGAUAUCUAUAGACCGUCUGGAGGAGGAGGGCCGGAAGAUAAACAAGGCGGGCUGCAGCAGCAGCAGCGCAGCAGCAGCAAUGUCUCCUGCUGCAGCACGCGCAGCAGCACUAGCGGACAGAAUUGUUCAUUUGCUGCUGAGGCCUCUCUUAACUCAAGAAGAGCUGCUGUCGCUUUUCGAAACUGAAGCUCCGUUUUGCAUUCCCUGGGCUGACGUCAAUGAACUCUGCCACAUCGUGGUGGAUAUUUUCAAGGAGGAGGACAUGGUCCUCAACCUGCGCGCGCCCAUAAAGGAGGCGAGCUAA